AUUCCGCGGUGACCUCACUGCAGAACCAGGCAGCUGUCACAUGACGCGCGGGCAGGAGACCGGCCGGGCGACCGAGGGCCACCUGUUAAGUGAACAUGGGACCGCCGGGUUCGGCUCGUGAGCGGCUCCCUGCAGUGGAGGCACCACCCGGGCGCUUGACAGAAUCCCCGCCCCAGCCCAGCCCUGCUGGAUCAGAGUGGACAUUUUACGGACCCCAGGAGGUCCCUACGAUCAAAGUCUGAGAAGCCCUACUCUGCGGCGCAUCUGCUUUCAACAUUCAUUGAGAGUCAUCGUCGUGCUUAAAAGCAGUCAGGUUUGGAAUUCUGAGGAAUUACUUAACCUGAGCCUGUUUGCAGAAAAAAAAAAAAAAAAAAAAAAAGCGGGAUAGUAAUGGUACCUAAUUCUAGGGUUGCUGGAAGGGUUAAAUGUGACAUUCAAAGAAGGCACCCAGCACUGCAUGGCGAGCACUCAAUAAGUGUUAGUCCUUCAUCAACAAAUGCGUUGAGCACCCAGUGGGUGCUAUACCCUGUGCUGGGGUGGAGAUAAAUCAGACUUCUGCAGCCCUUCCUGGAGCAGAUGCCAGCCCACCAUAAGCCACUCAGCAUUUCCUGAACUCCCACUAAGUACAAAAGAUAGUCUCUGUACUGGAGGAAAGCCGCCCUCCCCUACUGCCAUGAAAAACUGGCAGUUUCCUUCCUGCAAAAGGGCAAAUUUGGCCUUGAAUUCAGGAACCCCACAUCCUGAGCCCAGUCCUGCCACCAACUUGGUUCUUGAGUAACGUUGCUGCUGCUGUGGUCUUCAGUUUCCUCAUUUGCAAAAGGAAUUGGAUCCGAUUAUCAUUAGGGUCAACUUUCUCCUCCCCCAAAACUUGUGGUCUUGCACCUUCAGGGGAGCUAUUGCAGUGGAGACUACUUAGCUGAUAGCCCAAGAUGUGUAACCAAGGCUGGAAUUUCUGUAUCCCUCACCCCACCCCGUGCCUGCCCACCCCUCCCGGUGCACCACUUCUUUCCUUCUGGUGUUGGCUGGCAGCAUCUGCAUUCUAAGCAGGGGGGAAAGCUUUCGAGUUCUUUGACCUUCAUCUUGACUUGAGCCGAGGUUAGCAUUAAAAACACAAGCCCAGAGGCAGCCAGCCAUGCUCUGCUGCUCCUACUCCCUUCCCGGGACCUGUCCCUGAUGUCAUAACUGGGUAACUAUGACAGCUUGUCAUGGGGACAGCUAGGCACCUCACAGAGGAGUCUGGGUACCUCAUUUCUGAAGUGAGACUAGGAAGAGAAGAUGAACAAUUCCCUGGAUUAUCUGGCCUACCCUGUUAUCGUCUCUAAUCACAGGCAAAGCACAACCUUCAGAAAGAAACUGGACUUUGGCCACUACGUAUCUCACAAGAAUAGAAUACAAAUAGCGAAGCCUACUGUUGAUACCAAACCUCCAGUGGUGCACACAAAUCACAUUUUAAAAUUGAGCAAACUACAGGGUGAACAAAAGAAAAUCAACAAAAUCGAGUAUGAAAACAAGCAACUGUGUCAGAAAAUCGCAAAUGCCCAUCGCGGCCCUGCCAAAGUGGAUUGCUGGAAUGAAUAUUUUUCCAAGAGCUUAAACAGAGAAACAAGGAACCGUGAGCUAGUGAGAAUCACCAUGGAAAACCAGGGCAUUCUGAAGAGGCUUGUUGAUCGCAAACCCCACUAUGACCGCAGGGCAUCUGAGAUAGACUGGCAGAAUUCAAGGCGCUAUAUCAGAAAUACCACGAGAUAUCUUCUCUCCCAAAAUGAAUAGGUUACUCACCAUGGAAAAGAUACAAGAGAAGGCCCUAGGAUUUCUUGGCUGCUUAGGAUCUCAAGACACUCCUGACUGGCUGAAUGCUCCAUCUUCAGAUGCUUCAAUAAAGCUUGGAACAUAAAA